AUGGAUCUCCGCGUCGGUAAUAAGUACCGCAUCGGCAGGAAGAUUGGUUCUGGUUCGUUCGGAGAUAUUUACCUGGGCACCAACAUUAUUUCUGGAGAGGAGAUUGCCAUCAAGCUUGAGUCCGUCAAGGCCAAGCACCCCCAGUUGGAGUAUGAGGCACGUGUCUACAAGUCCCUUGCCGGCGGCGUUGGUAUCCCCUUUGUCCGCUGGUUCGGCACUGAGUGCGACUACAAUGCCAUGGUCCUGGAUCUGCUCGGUCCCAGUCUGGAGGACCUCUUCAACUUCUGCAACCGCAAGUUCUCGCUCAAGACUGUUCUUCUCCUAGCCGACCAGCUCAUCUCGCGCAUCGAGUACAUCCACGCUAAGUCGUUCAUCCACCGCGACAUCAAGCCCGACAACUUCCUGAUGGGUAUCGGCAAGCGAGGAAACCAAGUCAACGUCAUCGACUUUGGUCUCGCCAAGAAGUACCGCGACCCCAAGACUCACUUCCACAUCCCUUACCGUGAGAACAAGAACUUGACCGGUACUGCACGCUACGCUUCCAUCAACACUCAUCUGGGUGUCGAGCAGUCUCGCCGCGAUGACAUGGAGUCGCUGGGCUACGUCAUGCUCUACUUCUGCCGUGGCUCCCUGCCUUGGCAGGGUCUGAAGGCUGCCACCAAGAAGCAGAAGUACGACCGCAUCAUGGAGAAGAAGAUGACCACCCCCACCGAGGUUCUCUGCCGUGGCUUCCCCAACGAGUUCGCCAUCUACCUCAACUACACCCGCUCUCUCCGCUUUGACGACAAGCCCGACUACAGCUACCUCCGCAAGAUCUUCCGCGAUCUGUUUGUCCGCGAGGGUUUCCAGUACGAUUACGUUUUUGACUGGACUGUCUACAAGUACCAGAAGAACGCCCAGGCCAUUGCUCAGGCUGCCCAGAACCCCGAGGACGAGGAGAAGGCUCGUGCCGCCCGCAACGCCGCUGCUGGCGCGUCCGGCUCCAAGGCCGCUCCUGCUAUCAACAGUUCCCGGCGUAAGAUGCUUGAGCGUGGCUCUGGUGCCGGAGUCGACUCCCCCGACACUGGCCGUGCCAUCGGUGGAAGUGACAGGAUGCUCCGCUCAGCAUCAAAGGGCACUGGCUACGUCUCCCGCCCUAAAUGA